AAAUCCGCUAUGCGACUGUGUACUGGAAUAGAGCUGAAAAAACACUUCAGGUCAGGAAUAUACUGGACAGGAGUGGAGAUGCUUAUGGAUUCUACAACAAUAGCAUACAGACAACAGGCUGGGGAGUCCUGGAGAUCAGAGCAGGCUAUGGCAGACAGACCUUAAGCAAUGAAGAUAUCAUGUAUGCAGCUGGCUUCUUGGAAGGCUAUCUCACAGCUCCGCACAUGUAUGACCAUGCUGCCAAUAUGUAUCCACAGCUAAUUAAGAAUCCCACCGUUCGAAGCGGAGUGCAGAAUUUUAUGGCGAAGCAAGAUCAAUGGACAAGACAACAAAUCAGAAAUAAUAAGGAUGACCCAUUUUGGAGGCAUGCUGGCUAUAUUAUUGCACAGUUGGAUGGUCUGUACAUGGGAGCCCUCGAGUGGGCUAAACUGCAUAAACAAACACCACUGAGCAACUUUGAUGUCCAGUUUCUGAAUGCAGUUGGAGACCUGUUGGACCUCAUUCCUGCAUUAUUUGAGUAUUCUGCACGGGGUGGACAGUGCAACGUGGAGCCAGGAAGCCAUGGGAAAUAUCAGUGGGAUAUGGGACACUGCUCUGCACUCAUCAAGGUUCUACCUGGAUAUGAGAAUAUAUAUUUUGCCCAUUCCAGCUGGUUUACUUACGCAGCCACACUGAGAAUAUAUAAGCAUUGGAACUUCAAUAUAGUUGAUCCAUACACUAGCACCAGCCGUGUCUCAUUCAGCAGUUACCCAGGCUUUUUGGUGUCCCUGGAUGACUUUUACAUACUAGGCAGCGGCUUGGUAAUGCUGCAGACUACCAACAGUGUGUUCAACCAAACCCUCAUUAAGCAAGUGGUGCCUGAAUCCCUGUUAGCCUGGCAGAGGGUUCGCAUUGCUAACAUGAUGGCAAACGAUGGCAAAACUUGGGCAGAAACCUUCUCCAAGUGCAACUCUGGGACCUACAACAAUCAGUACAUGGUGCUAGACCUGAAGAAGGUCAAGCUGCAGAGGAGCCUUGAUGAUGGUGCAUUGUACAUUGUUGAGCAGAUCCCAACCCUUGUGGAGUAUUCUGAUCAAACACAUGUUCUCCGGAAAGGUUACUGGCCUUCAUACAAUAUCCCUUUCCAUGAAAAGAUUUACAAUCUCAGUGGGUAUGCAUCAUACGUUGUCAAGUAUGGCAUGGAUUUCUCCUAUGAGCUUGCUCCAAGAGCAAAAAUCUUCCGUCGAGACCAAGGCAAGGUGACCAACUUGGAAAGCAUGAAGUACAUCAUGAGAUACAACAACUACCAGCGUGAUCCCUAUGCUGAGCACAAUCCUUGCAACACCAUUUGCUGCCGGGAAGACCUGAAUCCUUCUCUACCAGUGCCUGCAGGCUGCUAUGACUCCAAGGUGUCGGAUUUCCGCCUGGCUGCAGCGUUCACAGCCUCUGCCAUCAAUGGUCCUCCCGUGCAGGGUGGGCUCCCUGUCUUCACCUGGAGAAGGUUUAACCACACGCGGCACCAGGGCCUGCCAGAGUCAUACAACUUUGAUUUUAUCACCAUGAGGCCGAUCCUGUAAAACCAGCAGUAAUAUUCCCAAAUGGAUAUUUUUUUAAAUGGAGAAUUUUGUUUCUUCUGUAUAAUAAAUCCAACUGGAUGUCACAUCCC